AUGAGUUCCCCCUUACACCCAUCCUCGGCUCGCCCGAAUCGCAAGCGGUCUCGCACAGGAGGAAGCGAUGGACCGUCUCCAGCAGGCAUGGUUUCGAGUCCUAUGCCUUCAUCGCCCCCUGAGUUCAAUAUAGCACAUGGUGUUGAAGACGACGACGAUAUUGAGGAUGAUGUCCAGAUUGAGGAUGAUAUCGACGACAUAGACGAAAUGGCUGACGACGACGUCGAUUUAUUCCGCGAUGGUUACGAGAACGAUUAUCAGCAGAGAGAAGAUGAUCAAUAUGAGAAUAUCGACAUCGAUGACACUGAGUAUAUUGAAACGGCUGAGGAGAGAGCCAAAAGACAACAGGCCACCCGUUUCAUGGACAAAAGAGAUCAAGCUAUUCGCAGCAGAAUGCCCGGAAGGGGAUUUGAAGCAGAACUAGAUGAUGGACCCGAUGACUUCGACUUAUCUGCUCAACCUCGUCGUCGCCGUCACCACUACGAUGAGGACCCUGACGAUAUGAUGGACACGGACAUCAUGGCAGAGGAAUUGUCACUCGAGGCGCUUGGCGAUGUCAAAGCUUCCAGCUUGACCGAGUGGGUUUCAUUGCCUUCAGUCCAGCGAACAAUCAGGCGUGAAUUUAAGGCUUUCCUCACAUCCUAUACCGAUACUUCUGGUUCAUCGGUGUACGGUAAUCGAAUCCGUACGCUCGGUGAGAUCAACGCCGAGUCCCUCGAAGUCUCAUAUGAGCAUCUCUCCGAGAGCAAGGCUAUCCUCGCUUACUUUUUGGCCAAUGCGCCUGCUGAAAUGAUCAAGCUCUUCGACGAAGUUGCCAUGGAUGUCGUUCUUCUGCACUAUCCUGACUACGAGCGUAUUCACUCUGAGAUUCAUGUCCGCAUCUUUGAUCUCCCUGUGCACUACACACUUCGUCAGCUUCGCCAAUCCCACCUGAACUGUCUUGUUCGGGUCAGUGGUGUCGUUACCCGACGAUCGGGUGUCUUCCCUCAGCUUAAGUAUGUCAAGUUCGACUGCACCAAGUGCGGUGUAACACUUGGUCCUUUCCAACAGGAGUCCAAUGUUGAAGUCAAGAUCACAUAUUGCCAAAGUUGCCAGUCAAGAGGACCCUUCACUCUCAACUCGGAGAAGACGGUUUACCGUAACUACCAGAAGCUCACGCUUCAGGAGUCCCCUGGCACUGUUCCCGCUGGUCGAUUGCCACGACAGCGUGAGGUUAUCCUUCUAUGGGAUCUUAUCGACAGGGCGAAGCCUGGUGAGGAGAUUGAAGUGACUGGCAUCUACCGCAACAACUACGAUGCUCAGCUCAACAACCGCAACGGCUUCCCUGUAUUUGCUACGAUUCUCGAAGCCAACAAUGUGGUCAAGUCCCACGACCAGCUGGCUGGAUUCCGAAUGACAGAAGAGGAUGAGCACACCAUUCGCAAGUUGUCUCGCGACCCCAACAUUGUGGACAAGAUUAUCAACUCGAUAGCACCUAGCAUUUACGGGCACACAGAUAUCAAGACUGCAGUGGCAUUAUCACUUUUUGGUGGCGUUGCAAAGACUACCAAGGGUGCUCACCAUCUUCGAGGCGAUAUCAAUGUGCUUUUGCUGGGUGAUCCUGGUACAGCCAAGUCUCAGGUCCUCAAGUAUGCAGAGAAGACAGCCCACCGAGCUGUUUUCGCUACUGGUCAAGGUGCUAGUGCUGUUGGUCUGACGGCUAGUGUUCGUCGAGACCCUCUCACCAGCGAGUGGACAUUGGAGGGCGGUGCUCUUGUGCUUGCGGAUCGCGGAACUUGCCUUAUCGACGAAUUCGACAAGAUGAACGACCAAGAUCGAACAUCUAUCCACGAAGCUAUGGAACAGCAGACAAUUUCCAUCUCAAAGGCUGGUAUUGUUACCACUCUGCAGGCUCGCUGUGGUGUUAUCGCAGCUGCCAAUCCUAUUGGAGGACGAUAUAACUCAACAGCUCCCUUUUCUGCCAAUGUUGAAUUGACAGAACCUAUCCUGUCACGUUUCGAUAUUCUGUGCGUUGUUCGCGAUACAGUAGAGCCCGAGGAAGACGAGCGUUUGGCUCGUUUCAUUGUGGGAUCUCAUAGCAGGAGUCACCCACUCAGUCAGACUGAGCAAAACUCCAUGCAGGUCGAACAUGACACUCAAGCUGAGACGCAGGCGUCAGCACGCAAGCCCGAGGGUGAGAUCUCUCAAGAGCUCCUAAGGAAGUAUAUCCUUUACGCUCGUGAACACUGCUCGCCGAAGCUCUACCAUAUCGAUGAGGACAAGAUCGCACGCCUCUUUGCCGACAUGCGACGUGAGUCCCUGGCUACAGGUGCCUACCCUAUUACAGUACGACAUUUGGAAGCUAUCAUCCGUAUCAGCGAAGCCUUCUGCCGCAUGCGUCUAUCGGAGUACUGUUCAGCACAAGACAUCGACCGCGCCAUUGCAGUUACAGUGGAUAGUUUCGUGGGCAGCCAGAAGGUUAGUUGCAAGAAGGCUCUCGCGAGGGCGUUCGCCAAGUACACACUGGCUAGACCAGGUGGACAGAAGAAGACUGGCGGCAACAGCCAGAGACGGCAAACUGCUGUCGCCAGUUAA